CAAGUCCUAGUUCUAUCCAGAUUCCAACUCCAAACUCAAAUGCGUUUCUCUACUACUCUCGCUAUCCUCGCCUCGGUCGCUGGUUUUGCCAGCGCUGCUGACAACCGUCUCCUCUACAACAUCCCCAGCUCCGAGACCCCAGUCAGCUUCGCUGUUGCCUUCGGCAACGCUUGCGCAACCUACGCUCCGGCCAUCGCCGCCGGGCUCACCUUCGAGGCUUUCCAGGUCCAGCCUGGCAACUUCCAAGGCCAGAACACACAGACCCAGGCCAAGAUUUUCUGCAGUUUCUGGGACGCUGCUCACGUUAUCACCACGUUCACCGACGAGGUUGCUACCUCAGUUGGCGCCACUGCUGCUUGA